GGCAGCCGCACCGCACCACACCCGCCGUACUAUUUUAAAACGAGACACCGCGCAUGCGAAUAUCGAUCCAGCGCACUCGAUUCGGUGCCCGUAUCUAGGUUAACCGGCUAAAAUUAAAAGAUUAACGUGCCCGCGAUACGUGCGAGAGAGAUAGAUACAACACCCUGAUAUAAAAACGCUGUAUAUGGAGCGGGACGGGUGUAGUUUACGUGCUUCGCGCAUUAAAUCACACAAAAGCCAAGACAGGUAAUAGUGCGGGAGCGAGACACCAAUUUUUAAUAGAAUAAAUUUAAAUUUCGAACGACCAGGGACGAACUGUUAGGACUUUAGGUGCUUUAGGUGGACUAGCCUUAUUUUAACUGUCAAAAUGUGUUCGGGUGUGUAGUUAGGGCUUCGUGUAGGGUGUAGGGUUAAUAAGGGUCGGUACAGACGAGGCGGUGCGCGGGUGUGUGGCGGCAGUGCGAGGCGUGUGUGAUGCGACGCCGGCUUCGAAGACACCAACGGAUUCCGGUCAAGCAGUCGCCUACAUUCGUCUGACGAAUCCGUUCAGGUCGCCACCUGCAGCAUAAUAGGGAGCCAUACGCUGUGGCGGAAAGACGGGUGCGAUACGCACUCGUGAUCUAGAGGGAGGUCGGGCGUGGUGCGGGCGGCCGCGAGCCCGACGCCAUGGCGACGGUGGAGGGCCGGCCGGCGCAGUAUGGCGUCAGCUUGCGCCAGCUGCGCGAGCUGAUGGAGACGCGCGGCGCCGAGGGCCUGGCCAAGAUCAACGCGCUCGGUGGGCCGCAGGAGCUAUGCAAGAAGUUGUACACCUCGCCCACGGACGGUCUUAGCGGUUCGAAGGCGGACCAACAGCACAGGCGAGAAGUGUUCGGUUCCAAUUUAAUCCCGCCGAAACCUCCUAAAACCUUCCUUACUCUGGUUUGGGAGGCGUUACAGGACGUCACGUUGAUCAUCCUCGAGGUGGCCGCCGUUGUCUCGCUAGGAUUGAGUUUCUACAAACCGUCCGAAGAUGAGAGCGAUAUUGGUCAUUUGGACGAAGAGGAAGGACACUACCAAUGGAUAGAGGGUCUGGCGAUCUUAAUAUCUGUCAUAGUUGUUGUUAUAGUCACUGCAUUCAACGAUUACACGAAAGAAAGACAAUUCAGAGGGCUUCAAUCAAGGAUAGAGGGUGAGCACAAGUUUGCGGUGAUCCGCGGCUCUGAGGUCAAGCAGGUUCCCAUCAGCGAGAUCGUGGUGGGCGACAUCUGCCAGAUCAAAUACGGUGACUUGCUGCCUGCCGACGGCGUACUGUUGCAGAGUAACGACCUAAAGAUCGAUGAAUCCUCGCUCACGGGGGAGUCUGACCAUGUCAAGAAGGGUGAAUCUUUUGAUCCCAUGGUGCUGUCGGGUACUCACGUUAUGGAAGGGUCGGGUAAGAUGCUGGUGACGGCUGUAGGUGUGAACUCCCAGGCGGGUAUUAUCCUCACGCUGCUGGGCGCGGCCGUGGAUAAGCAGGAGAAGGAAAUCAAGCAGAUGAAGAAAGAAGCUAAAAAGCAGCAACGCAAGGGGACACAACGCAAGAGCCUUACCGGUGAUGAAGACGCGACGCUGGCCGCGGGCAGCAACAGCCACGGCGCCAACCACCGAGAGGACAAUCACGUGGCGCCGACAGACAAGCCUGCGGAAACUGGCCAUAAAAAGGAGAAAUCGGUUCUACAAGCCAAGCUGACGAAGCUUGCCAUACAGAUCGGGUACGCGGGCUCCACGAUCGCGGUGCUGACGGUGAUCAUCCUGGUGGUGCAGUUCUGCGUGCACACGUUCGUGAUCGACGGCCGGCCGUGGAAGGCGACUUACAUCAACAACCUGGUGAAGCAUCUCAUCAUCGGUGUGACCGUGCUGGUGGUGGCCGUGCCCGAGGGACUGCCGCUCGCUGUCACAUUGUCACUUGCCUACUCUGUUAAGAAAAUGAUGAAAGACAACAAUCUAGUGCGUCAUUUGGACGCGUGUGAGACAAUGGGCAACGCGACAGCGAUCUGUUCCGACAAGACCGGCACUCUGACCACCAACCGUAUGACAGUUGUGCAGUCCUACAUCUGUGAGAAACUGUGCAAAGUGACGCCCAACUUCCGCGAUAUUCCAGCCGAUGUCGGCGAGACUAUGGUCGAAGGGAUUUCUGUUAAUAGUGCCUUUACUUCCGGAGUUAUGCCGGCUCAAGACCCGACCUCCCCGCCGGUACAAAUCGGCAACAAGACGGAGUGCGCGCUGCUGGGCUUCGUGCUGGCGCUGGGCCAGAGCUACGAGGCGGUGCGCGAACGCAACCCGGAGGAGUCCUUCACGCGCGUCUACACGUUCAACUCCGUGCGCAAGAGCAUGUCCACAGUCAUACCGUACAAGGGCGGGUACAGGCUCUACACUAAGGGAGCUUCCGAAAUUGUAUUGAAAAAGUGUUCGUUCAUCUACGGCCACGAGGGUCGCCUGGAGAAGUUCACCCGUGACAUGCAGGACCGGCUGGUGAAGCAGGUCAUAGAGCCCAUGGCCUGCGACGGGCUGCGGACCAUCUCCGUCGCGUACAGGGACUUCGUGCCCGGCAAGGCCGACAUCAACCAGGUGCACAUAGACCAAGAGCCGAACUGGGACGACGAGGACAACAUCGUGAACAACCUCACCUGUCUUUGUGUUGUUGGUAUUGAAGAUCCCGUCAGGCCAGAGGUACCGGAGGCUAUCCGUAAGUGUCAGAAGGCGGGUAUCACGGUGCGUAUGGUGACGGGUGACAAUGUAAACACGGCGCGGUCUAUCGCCAUCAAGUGCGGCAUCCUCAAGCCAACUGAUGACUUCCUCAUCCUCGAGGGCAAGGAGUUCAACAAGAGGAUCCGAGACGCUAACGGAGAGGUGCAGCAGAACCUGAUCGACAAGGUGUGGCCGAAGCUGCGCGUGCUGGCGCGCUCCUCGCCCACCGACAAGUACACGCUGGUGAAGGGCAUGAUAGAGUCCAAGGCCUUCGACACGCGCGAGGUGGUCGCCGUCACCGGAGACGGUACCAACGACGGACCGGCGCUCAAAAAGGCUGAUGUCGGCUUCGCUAUGGGUAUCGCCGGUACGGAUGUGGCGAAGGAGGCGUCAGACAUAAUCCUGACGGAUGACAACUUCUCUUCAAUCGUGAAGGCGGUGAUGUGGGGCCGCAACGUGUACGACUCCAUCGCCAAGUUCCUGCAGUUCCAGCUCACUGUCAACGUGGUGGCGGUUAUUGUCGCCUUCAUAGGCGCCUGCGCGAUACAAGACAGCCCUCUAAAGGCGGUACAAAUGUUGUGGGUGAACUUGAUAAUGGACACGCUGGCGUCGCUGGCGCUGGCCACGGAGAUGCCGACGCCCGACCUGCUGCAGCGCAAGCCCUACGGCCGCACCAAGCCCCUCAUCAGCCGCACCAUGAUGAAGAACAUCCUCGGACAGGCCAUCUACCAGCUCUUUAUUAUCUUCUCACUGCUAUUUGUAGGUGACAGAUUGCUAAACAUCCCGUCUGGGCGCGGGCAGCCGCUCGGCUCGGAGCCGACGCAGCACUUCACCAUCAUCUUCAACACGUUUGUGAUGAUGACACUCUUCAAUGAGAUCAACGCGCGCAAGAUACACGGACAGAGGAACGUAUUCGAGGGACUCUUCACCAACCCAAUCUUCUACUCGAUAUGGAUCGGCACUGCCUUGUCUCAGGUGAUAAUAAUCCAGUUCGGCGGCAUGGCGUUCAGCACGGCGGGGCUCUCGAUAGACCAGUGGCUGUGGUGCCUGUUCUUCGGCGCCGGCACCCUCGUGUGGGGCCAGCUCGUCACCACCGUGCCCACUAGGAAGAUACCCAAGAAGCUCGCUUGGGGCCGAGGCCAGCCGGACCCCGAGACGAUCCAGCCGGGUCCGGACUACGACGCGGACCUGGACAAGAAGCCGCGCGCCGGACAGAUCCUGUGGAUACGCGGCCUCACGCGCCUGCAGACGCAGGUCAUAGGUGGGGAGUUACAGGAGCGCUUGAUCCCGGUGCCCUACAGCAAGACCUCAACCGAUCAAGCUAUCCGCGUGGUGAACGCGUUCCGGCAGGGGCUGGACUCCCGCGGCUCGCUGGCCGACGCCGCGCUGGCUGAGGCGCUGCGCAAGCAGACCGCGCUCGCCAAGCGGUUCUCGCACGCCUCCAGCGUGGAGUGCGAGCCGCGCGACGCCCUCGCGCCGCACGACAUCGACGUGGAGCGCCUCUCCAGCCACAGCCACACCGAGACCGCCGUGUAGCCGCCCCCCGCGCACCCCCCGCGCACCCCCGCGCAACACAUCGCUGCCAUCGCUCUAAUGUAAACGUAACGCUAUUGUGUAUAAAGUCAUAUUUAAAAACGGAGAUACCACGUUCGUAUUUGGUUUAGAGGCGCCGGGCCGCCCCCGGCGCGUCGGAGCAUAAGUUAUUGUUAACUAGUGUGUUUAUUGCGAUUGUUUUGAAAAUAUUUUAUUAUAAUACGCGCGUCGCCGCGCGUCUGUUGAACAAAUAAAAAUAUUGUCUAAUUAUUAAUUUUAGAUGUAAGCGCAAGAACGAGCGAUUGAGCGUGUGUUUUUUGAAAAUAAUUAUAAAAAAAACAUGGAAUUAUCGCAUAGCAUCGUGUCAUCUCACACGGAAUGAAAUGUUUUGUAUUGCUUUUGUGGGAAGCGAGGGCGGCGCGCGGGCGGGGGGUGACCGCGCUGUAGCCCCGCCCCCCGCCCCGCGCGCCGCCCUCUCUUCGGACUAAAUUAUUCAACUAUUAGUUAAGGUGUUUGUUAUAAAUUUCAAUAACUUUUUCUUUUUGUUUUUACGACCUUUUUCCCCUAAUUCUAAGUACCUAUACAUUAAGUCAUAUCGCGAAGUAGCCGCAUCGACCGGCAGGCGGCGCCGAGCCGAGCCCGCGCCCGCAGUAGUCCACUUUGAACAUCUUCGAAAUGUUUAAAUAGAAAUAAACAUUAACUUGUAUAGCUGAAGGUAUUUAUUUGUAAUGCUAGUCUCUUAUGAAACAAAUACUAAUUAUUCAAUUAUUAUAAUGUACUUAUUGAUUAUUGAUAAAUACUUCAAGUUUAUUAAACAAAUAUAGUCUACGGAGUAACGAAUUGAUUUUGGAAUUUUUUCUCUAUGAGCAAUAGCGCAGCGCGCGCGCGUCGCGGGCGUUUGCGUGACGUCACGUGCGGCCGCGGCGAGCGAGCGCGCCAGACAUAGGCGACGUAGGAUCGCAGCAGUGGCAUUUUCAAAUUAUAAAGUAAGACAUGUAAAGGACUUAGUGAGGAGUCGGAGGCGACCGCGCCCGAGAGCGGCACACCGCUCGCCGCCCACUUGUUUUUAGUAAUAAAUAAUAAUAACAUAAUAAAGUCAAACGAUUUAGCGAAUCGGCAAUGUUCAAUUUUGUAUAGAACGUUUCAUAGUAGAGGUAUUGAGAAUUGUUACGUUGUGUUUUGUGAGGCCGCCCUCCGCGGAGGGAGGCUGUACCAAACUAUAAAACGAUCUUGUAAGUAAUUAAGUAUUAGCUUGGAAAUCAAUAAAGCCUUUUUAAAAAAAAGUUAGUUAAAGAUGAAAAGUAUUCAAGUAUCACAUGUUUAAUAUUUGUUACGGUUUCAGUGAUAGGGGUCAUGUAUCGUUUUGUAUGUUGAUAUAUUCGCUAUAUUUUGGUUUAUUCGUUACCACGUGUUUCCCGAUGAAAGACAUAAUGAAUUAGGAGUGUAGAGGAGCAGAGCAGAACAGCGCAGAGCAGCUGCUGGCUGCAGUUGGCUGCGACAACCACUUGUUUUGACAUGACAGUCUGCCACUAACCAUUUUAGGUGAUAAGUCCCAUUGUUGUAUUUUUCGUCUCACAAUAAAUGAAAAUCUAUUUUAUUGUUUUUA